AUGUCAGGUCGCAAAAAUGGGGGUGACUCCUCCAGCGACUCUGCGGCGGAAGACAGAAAGAGGUCAAGAGAAGAGCUCGUGGUCCUGAGGACGCAAGUUAGCUCGCUGACGGAUCAGAUGAGCCAGCUAAUGUCGCUAGUGGAAGAUACCAUGAAGGCAAGCAAGAAGGAGGAGCCAGCUGGCACCAUGGAGGGUGCCGCUGAUCGCGGCGAUGCUAGGGAGAGCGCCGCCGCGGAGUCCACGAACGCCGAAGGAGGGGCACCGUGGACCGGGAGUGCGCAGGACGGGAGGUACCUGCGCGAACCUGUUCGAGAGUCUGGCCCGUCAGGGCGACACAGCGGCGAAGCAAGGAGCGUUGUCGCCCAAGAGGUGAGAGUAGCCGCUGCUCACAAUCAAGAUUAUAGUAGUGCCAUGGGAGAUGGUGGUGCUGCUGUUGGCUUGGGAUACGGAGCCACAACCCCAGCGACGGGGUACCAAAGUGUGCGGUACACUUCUCCUCCGUUCAGCGGGAAAUCGAAAGGUUUCAAAGAAUGGCUAAAUGAUUUCCGCAUGGCAGCUAAUGGCGCAAACCUGUUGGGACAAUUUGAAGAGAGCGGGAGCUUAGAGAUCCCCGUCAACAGCGGAAAUAGCAAGUUUUCGCUGUCACAGCAGCACCGGAGCGAGCAAGUAGAGCUCGCAUUCCACGCGUGGAACUUCCUGUCCCACGCGUUAAAAGAAAAAUAUCGGGAAAUCAUGAAGAGGGCAGAGACGCCCCAGGGAGCUCUUCGUGAGCUCAAGACCAUACACGACCCUGAAUCAUCUGUACAGCCGUCAGAGGACCUCAAGUCCCUGACGUCGACCAAGAUCUCUAGAGGUGAAAACCCCCAAAACGACCUCAAUGAAAUGCUCCAAACCGCAAAGUCCUUAACCGAGAAAGGACUAACUGUCAACGAAACGUUCGUCGUUCACCUCUUCCUGGAUGCCCUUUCAAACGAGUAUGCUGUGACAAAGCACAACCUACGACACGCGAAGGAGUUGACGCGGACCGGUGUGCUAAAGGAAGUAAUCAUCGAAUACAAGGCGAUCAAGGACAAGCUGGAGCAGGGGAAAGGAAAUGGGGCGAAGGGCGCAGAGCAAGCGUACUUCGCCGACGGUGAGGGCCGCAAGGAGCGGUACUCAAGUAGGAGUCAGGGGCAAGGUCGUGGUCGUGGCGGCGGCCGUGGCCGCAGCAGCAGUCGAGGCCGCGGCGGAGGCGGUCGCGGCGGCGGCGGGGGCGGUCGCGGCGGCCGCUCAGGCGGAUCCGGAGGAGUCGAGGAGAGCAAGGGAAGCAGCAGUGGAGGCGCCGAUGACGGCGGUGGCGGGGACUAUAAGUUCCCGGGCCGGUGCUUUAGGUGUGGACAUCGUGGACAUCAAGCGAUCGGCUGCACUACCGACGAGAAGGACUUCGUGCCGUGGUGUGCGCGCUGCGAGGGGUGGGGCCACACCAAAGAAAAGUGUGCGACGGAGGAGGCCGUUCUAGCGCAAGUGGUGGAGCAUGAGAGCGACGUGGACCCCGUGGAAAACCAGGCGCUUUGUGCCGUGGCAGUCCCCCCAGGCAAGUGUGGUACCGUUGGUGAAGUAGGUCUAGUGGGGGUUGUAGAACAAGGCCAGGCGGUGUACGUGGCCGACACAGCGGCCACGUGCUCCAUGUUUCGGAUGUGCAGACAACUUCGUGGACUACCGUGAGCGUAGCGGUCGGGUGAAGGGGAUCGGAGGCGACAAGGCCCCCGUUCCUCUUCUAGGAUACGGAGAUGUGACCUUAGUCCUACAGACGGAAGAUGGUGGAGUACCCGUACCAGUACUGAAUGCUGCCCAUGUACCAGAGGCCCCCUACA